AAGGUCUUGGCCAUUGGUUUCCAUUUAUUGCUAUGUAGUAUCUUGUCUGGGAAUUGUCGACAAAUGAAGUUGCAAUGGCAAAUGUUUUUAAUUAAAGCUGGAGACCGGAGCAACUUCUUGUCCUCUCAUAUUUUCCUCCAGGAUAUUGCAACAAAUUAGGCCUGACAUAAUUUGAUGAAUCAUUUUCGUUUUCAGUGUUAUUCAGUUUCAUCACAGAACAUUUGAUGAGGAGGUGAAUUCCAUUUCAAGAUUUCUGAUAUAAGCUCAAGAUGAAGCUUUUGGAUCUCUUUGUUGCCGCGUCGAUUCCAGUCAUAAAAGUGCUAUUGUUAACUGCGCUUGGGUCUUUUCUUGCAUUAGAUCAUAUCAACAUCUUAGGGGAGGACACGAGGAAGCACAUGAACAGCAUUGUAUUCUAUGUAUUCAAUCCAGCACUGGUUGGAAGCAACUUGGCCCAAACGAUAACAUACGGAAGCCUGGUUGAGUUGUGGUUUAUGCCGGUCAAUAUUCUGAUCACAUUUAUUAUUGGGUCAGCCCUUGGGUGGGCUGUCAACCAGAUCACAAGAGCUCCUACACAUCUGCGAGGCCUUGUAAUAGGAUGUUGUGCUGCAGGAAACUUGGGGAACAUUCUUAUCAUCAUAAUCCCAGCAGUUUGCAAAGAUAAAGGAAGCCCGUUUGGAGCUCCCGAUGUCUGUCAUCGAUACGGAAUGGCAUAUGCUUCACUUUCAAUGGCUGUAGGAGCUGUUUAUCUGUGGUCUUAUGUGUAUAACAUUGUGCGUAUAUCUUCAAGUAAGAGCUCAAAAGAAGUCAAAAUAGUUGAUUCCCCAGAAUGUAUGUCUUCUAAAGAAACCUCGAUAUCUGAACCGCUGAGUUACAAGGAGCCAUUACUUUCUUCAGUAGCCUGUGUAGUAUCUGAAGACCAUGCCGCUCAAUUUGCACUUCCCUGUACUAGAUUUGAGGGGAAAGCUCAGGUGCCAUUUUUAGACCAUGUCAAGCAAAAAAUUGGGAUGCUUUUAGGAAAGACCAAUCUAAAGAGGUUAUUUGCUCCUUCAACUAUUGGAGCGAUUGUUGGUUUCAUAGUUGGACUUGUACCUCAAAUCCGAACAGCAUUGAUUGGUGAUACAGCUCCUCUUCAAGUGAUCCAAGACUCUGUUUCUUUGCUGGGGGAUGGAGCCAUCCCAGCUGUUACCUUGAUAUUGGGAGGGAACCUUCUUAGGGGUCUAAAGGGAUCGGAGAUUCAGAAGUCCAUCAUUUUAGGAGUCAUUGUUGCUCGUUAUAUUGCCCUACCUUUGAUGGGAAUUGUCAUUGUUAAAGGGGCAUUGCGUUUUGGUUUUGUGCAUGAAAAUCCGCUGUAUCAGUUUGUUCUUUUACUACAAUUUGCAGUUCCACCGGCGAUGAACAUAGGCACCAUAACUCAGUUGUUUGGAGCUGGUGAGAGUGAAUGUUCUGUUAUUAUGCUGUGGACUUAUGCACUGGCUUCCAUUUCACUUACUCUUUGGUCCACCUUCUUCAUGUGGCUGGUAACUUGACUUGGAAAGCUGCAUAUGCCAAAAUGUAGCAAGCGCUGGAUGAUUCAAAGUUUUAGAUAAAAAUAGGAUAGCAAACAAAAGGUCUUUUUGCAACUCUAGAAGAUAUCCUCUAAUAAAAGGUCUGAUUACCACACACACACACAAAAAAUAACUUUUUACAUUAGGUUUAAUUUUGAUUUAUUGGGUUGAUGAUACUCCAUUUUAGAUUUUGCGAUCAACUUAUGCACUGGCUUCCAUUGCAAUUA